AUGUUCCUUCUCGCGGCCCUUUGCCUGGCCCUGACGGCGAUGGGCGGUCAGGCCAGGCCCCUGGAGCCCACGGCCCAGCAUAUCGUGAUCGUGACCCCGCAGGCGCAGGUUCACCUGGAGCCAGCCCUCCGCUAUGUCCAUGGACUGUCGCCCCUGGCCCGCGUGGCCUCGCCGCACCACCAUGAGGAGACGAUUGUGUAUGUUCCGGCCGGAACUGCUGCCCAGGUGGUGCCGGUGGUGGACACCGUGGGAUCUGGCCGUGCUGGCGGUGCGGCGGAGACCAAGCAGUGGGAGAACACGGGCGAGAUUGCCAACCAAAUCCAGCAGGUUUCCCAGCAGGGCGUCGAGAUCGUGAGCGGCCAGUUGAGCGAGGCGGCAGCCUCCGCAGCCUCCGCCGGAGCGGGCUUCUUCCCCUCGCUGUUCCCGCCCAGCGGAUCCAAGAAGGAGGAGAAGAUUGAGCUGAUCGAAACGCCGGCCAACACACAGCCACUGAUUGCCACCGAGGCCAGGCACUUCUACAGCAUUCCCCAGGUGUAUCACACCCCCGUGGUGGAUGUGGUCCAUGGUCCCGUCUACACCUGGCCCAUUUCCGCCAUCCGGGCACGCAGCAUCCAGCAGGAACCGGAAGCGGAGCUGACCCCCUCCGAAACCCUGAAGGCUGAGCCACAGGCGGAGAUCCAGCCGGAACCGCAGGCCCUGUUGAAGGAGCAGCCCCUGCUGAAGGAGCAGCCACAGCCACUGCUCAAGGAACAGCCCUUGGAGCAGGCGGUGCAGGCGGAGCAGAAGCCCAUCAUUCCCGAGGCCAGCGAGCAGAAGUCCGAGUUUGCCGGACGCCUCCUGGAGAGCAAUGCCAUCAAGCAGGAACUGAAGGGAGCCGAGAUUGCCAAGGAGCAGCUGAAGGAAGACCCAACCAAGCUUCAGCAGGAGGAGCUGAUCAAGACCAUCCAGGCUGAGCCGCUGACCAAAACCAUACCGGCUGAGCCGCUCAUCAAGACCCUGAUUCCCGCCGAGGCCAUUCAGGCCGCGGAGCAGCCGAAGCAGCAGGAAAUCCAGCAGAUCAUUCCGGCGCAGCCCGCCGAGAUCAUCGCCGAUGCCAUUGUGCCGCAGGCCUAGAGCCCCGGUCAUCAACUCAUCUGAAUCUCACUCAUCAUCCCUUGGGCAGCUUUGGUUCUUCGACUGAUUCUCAUUGCUGGCCCGUCGCCCAGCAAAAGGUGACCGGGCCACGGGGUCUACCCACAUCCACAUCCAACGUCAACCAUCAGCAACAUCGUACAUUUAAUUACUAACACAGAACACACGCAUCCGCACACAUUUUCCAUUUUCCAGACAUUAAUUAACAGGAGCGCAAC